AUGGUAGGGUGUUACAGUGAUGUUGUGAGAGGCUUACCUGGUCAGCCUGCUAUGGAUUUUGAGCACUAUGCUGGCUAUGUUACUGUCAAUGAAACCAAUGGAAGAGCACUCUUUUACUGGUUCUUUGAGGCCAUUACCAACCCAGAUGAUAAGCCUUUGGUCCUAUGGCUUAAUGGAGGACCUGGAUGUUCUUCUGUGGGAUAUGGAGCAACACAAGGGAUUGGUCCAUUUUUAGUGGACUCUGAUGGGCAGGGACUCAAAUUUAAUAACUUGUCUUGGAACCAAGAAGCCAACAUCCUCCUGUUGGAGUUGGUGGUAGGUGUUGGCUUUUCCUAUUCAAACACAACUAGUGAUUGUGAUCAAUUGGGUGAUCAAAUAACAACUAAUGAUGCUUACACUUUUCUCCACAACUGGUUCCUCAAGUUCCCAUCAUAUAGAACAAGGACUUUUUACAUAGCAGGGGAGAGUUAUCUGGAGCUUGACAAGUUGAGGAAAAGGUUCGAGUUGACAGAAGCAGAGAAUGUUUAUCUGAACAAGUCAAUUGAGAGAAUGGACAAAGAGUUGCAUGAAGCCAAAGACACAAGUUUCCAUUUAAGUCAUCAAAUUGAAAACUCAAAAUCUGGUUAA